AUGGCGUCCAACUCGAGCGGCGGCGGCGGCCUCUUCAGCCGCGGCAACUCCGGCCAGGCCAACUCGAUGCGUGGCCUGGUCUCCUUCAUUGCCGACCUGCGCAACGCCCGCGCGCGCGAGCUCGAGGAGAAGCGCAUCAACAAGGAGCUGGCCAACAUCCGCCAGAAGUUCAAGGACGGCGGCCUCAACGGCUACUCCAAGAAAAAAUACGUCUGCAAGCUGUUGUACAUCUACAUCCUGGGCUGGAACGUCGACUUCGGCCACCUGGAGGCCGUCAACCUGAUCAGCGCGAACAAGUACUCGGAGAAGCAGAUCGGCUACCUGGCCGUCACGCUGUUCCUGCACGAGGAGCACGAGCUGCUGCAUCUGGUCGUCAACAGCAUACGCAAGGAUCUUUUGGACCACAAUGAGCUUUUCAACUGCCUCGCGCUGCACGCCAUCGCCAACGUCGGCGGCAAGGAGAUGGGUGAGGCCCUGAGCGCUGACGUCCACCGGCUGCUGAUUUCCCCGGCGUCCAAGUCCUUCGUCAAGAAGAAGGCCGCUCUCACGCUCCUGCGCCUGUACCGGAAGUUCCCUGGAAUCGUACAACAGGAAUGGGCCGAGCGCAUAAUAGCAUUAAUGGAUGAUCCGGACAUGGGUGUUGCUCUCUCGGUGACGUCUCUGGUGAUGGCGCUGCUCCAGGACAACCCCCAACAGUACCGCGGAAGCUACAUCAAGGCCGCCCACCGCCUGAAGAAGAUUGUGGUCGACGCCGAGUGCGCAGUUGACUAUCUUUACUACAAGGUCCCUUGUCCGUGGAUCCAGGUCAAACUGCUCCGAUUGCUCCAAUAUUACCCGCCCUCGGAGGACACGCACGUCCGUAAUCUGAUCCGUGAAUCUCUGCAGCGUAUCAUGGACUCGGCCAUGGAAAUGCCAAAGAACGUACAGCAGAACAACGCUCAGAACGCCGUUCUUUUCGAGGCCAUCAACCUCGUCAUCCACCUGGACACGGAGCAGGAUCUCAUGGUGCAGAUUUCCUCACGGCUGGGGAAAUUCAUCCAAUCGCGAGAAACGAACGUGCGCUAUCUGGGUCUGGAGGCCAUGACCCAUCUUGCAGCACGGGCAGAAACCUUGGAUCCUAUCAAGAAGCACCAAAGCAUAAUCAUCGGGUCGUUGCGGGAUAGGGACAUUAGCGUUCGCCGGCAGGGCCUGGACCUGCUCUACAGCAUGUGCGAUUCCACUAACGCAGCCCCGAUUGUUUCGGAGCUCUUGAAAUACCUUCAAACGGCCGACUUCGCGAUCAGAGAGGAGAUGGUUCUCAAGAUUGCCAUCCUGACAGAGAAAUACGCAACAGAUGUCCAAUGGUACGUGGACAUCUCGCUGCGGCUAAUCGCCAUGGCCGGUGAUCAUGUCAGCGACGAGGUGUGGCAGCGUGUUAUUCAAAUCGUUACGAACAACGAGGAGCUCCAAGUCUACGCGGCGCAAAACAUUCUUCAGUACGUCAAGGCCGAACACUGUCACGAGACGUUGGUCAAGAUCGGUGGAUACCUGCUUGGCGAAUUCGGCCAUUUGAUCGCCGACAAUAAGGGCUGCAGCCCGAUUGAGCAAUUCUACGCUCUGCGUGGAAAGAUGAUGGGCUGCUCGUCCAGCACCCGCGCCCUCAUCCUCUCUUGCUUCGUCAAAUUCAUUAAUCUGUUCCCCGAAAUUAAACCGCAGCUUUUGCAGGUCUUCCAAGACUUCAGUCACACGUUGGAUUCCGAACUUCAGCAAAGAGCGUGCGAGUACCUCGCUCUGGCAACUCUUCCGACAGAUGACCUUCUCCGUACAGUCUGCGAUGAGAUGCCGCCAUUCCCAGAACGUGCCUCGGCCCUUUUAUCCCGCCUUCACCAGAAGCACGCCAAUUCCAGCGACAAGAGAACUUGGGUUGUCGGUGGUAGGGACGCCAACACCGAUCCCAAGGAGUUUAUGUUGGUCCAAAACACGGGCCUCAAGCGGUCGUUUACCAAUGCCUUGUCCAGCAACGGCACCCCCACAACACCGACCACGAACGGUGCAAACGGUUCGUCGAACGGAGCAUCCGACCUUCUGGGUCUUGACAUGCACCCCGAUAGCGGCAAGGGUGCAAACCUUGCCAGUGCUGCGCAUCUGAGUCCAGGCUGGGAGGUCGGGUACAACAAACUACUAAUGAAGCCCGAAGGCGUGCUCUACGAAGAUGUGCAACUCCAAAUCGGCCUGCGUUCCGAGUACCGCGGCGAGCUGGGCUGCAUCAUUCUGUAUUUCAGCAACAAGUCGUCAUCUACGAUGACGUCUUUCACAACAACAUUAGACAACCGCUCAGCCGAAACCCUCAAAUCGGACACGAAGUCGUUACCCGAUACCACCAUCCAUCCAGAGGGCCAGACGCAGCAAAUGAUCAUGUUCGAAGCAAAGCACGUGUUCGUGCAUCCGCCAACAAUUCGCAUUUCCUACCUGUCGGGAUCCUUGCAGGGGUUGACUCUGCAGCUCCCGGUCACGCUGCACAAGUACAUGGAAGGCGCUCAGCUAUCAGCCGAUGACUUCUUCAAGCGCUGGAAGCAGAUCGGUGGCGCGCCACGUGAGGCACAGAAAGUCUUUGGGCUUACCAGCAAGAACCGCAUAACGAAUGCGACCUACACCCGCAGGAUCGUCGAAGGCUUCAAGUGGGGUGUCCUGGACGGCGUCGAUCCCAACCAAAAGAACCUUGUUGGGGCGACGAUGUACCGCCUUACCAUCCGUGCUACUGAUGAAUCCGUUCCGGCAGUCUUGCUGAGCGCCAUGGUCGAGCGACUUUCGCAGGGAAUGGCCAUGCACUGA